AUGUCGACCUCGAAAACACAGCGCACCAAGAAUGGGACCGCGAACCGCGCGACUCGAAAUCGUGACUACAUUACCGAGCGUAACGCCAUCUCAUCCCCACUCCUCCGUCUUCCCGCCGAACUGCGCGGCCACAUCUUUGCUCUCGCCCUCAACCACGGUUACAUCCCGAUAACCUUCCCAUACCGCUCUCACCGAUGGAGGAUCAAAGGAAGUGCACGCCGAGGCUUUGAAUAUCGCUACCACUACAGGCAACUUUGCGACUUCUUCUACAACCCGAUUACCUUCUCUGCGCUGUCCUGUUCCUUCAAACUCAAAAAGCGUCCAGUCCGCACCUUCAAGCGUCUCAACCACCUCAAGUGGCCCAUCAAUCUGCUAUUCGUGUGUCGUCAGAUUUACGCCGAGACCGCGCUACUUCCCUACAAGGUUAACACCUGGGUGAUCGAACUAGACAGGCCCUGGGAGAGGAUAAGAGAAGGGUAUGAGCGGUACUAUUGGCAUGAUCCAAUGCAUUUCCUUGAGAAAUUGACCGCAACGCAGAGGGGGGUCAUGGAGAAAGUAUGGUCCAUCACGUCUCCUUCAACCAACUUCACGGCCAUCAGCAAGGACGUGGAAAACGAUAUGUCGGCGUUAGAUCAGCAGUCAGAGAGCGAGCGCGAGCAAAUCACCCGGAGAAACGCCAAAUCACCGCUUCUGAGUCUCCCCGCGGAGCUCCGCAAUCAGAUCUUCGCACUGGCCCUUACACAGCCCACCAUUGAGAUCUUCUGGUCCGAACCGCACUUGAAGUUCAAGUUUCAUGAGGAUUGUCGGCCAGACUACGUGCGACAACCGCUCAACCUUCUCUUCGUGUGUCGACAAACCCAUGCUGAGACUGCCACUCUUCCCUACAAGCUUAAUACAUUUGCUGUCGAUUUCGUUUACCAGCGUGAUCCUCCGAAGAACUUUCUUUAUCAGAGGACAGUGGAGCAGAGGGAAGUGAUGGGCAGUGUCAGCGAGCGAAAUCCAAAAACUGGAAAAGCUGGAAAGCCUAUGUCCGCAACGAGAUGGAUGGCUUCUAUGGAAGCCGAGGCUUUCGUGCUCUAUACUUGGAAACGAGAGAUUAGAAACAUGAUCUUCGCCUACGCCCUGAGUCACGGCGACACCAAGCUACACAUCAUUCCCAGUAUACAAGACGGACCCGAUGGAACAGGCUGCUGGAAGCAUCGCAGCUGGCCAGAUCCUGUCAACGUCAGUCUGCUCUACGUGUGUCGCCAAAUUCACCUCGAGACCGCUUUACUUCCGUACGAGCUCAAUAUCUUUGUGGUCUACGGUCACUACAACGCUGUCAAAGACUUCUUCGAACGUAGAACAACGGCACAAAUCGGCGCUAUGGCGAGAGUUGAGAGGGGCCCGCAGGUGAAUAUGGGCGUGCGAACCGCGAGUGACUGGUUGGACCGACUGCGAUAUAGAAGCAAGGGUGUCCUAUUAAGACACAAGGACAUAAACUCGCGACCAUAG